GGGGAAAAGCACACACACUGCCGCCUUGAUACCCUUUCCUCAUAAGGCACAGUGAGAGAGGAUGGAUAUGGGUGCUUUGAAAGUGGAGGAAAACGACUUGGCAAUACACAUCACAAUCACACACAUGACACAAUAAAUGCAAGACAUUGAUUGACAGCUUUUGACACAGAUUCUUUCACACAUUUUCACAAUGGGGGGGGGGGUUCCUGUCUGAUACAGAAAACAUUUGACAGAUGGGUGGUUCUUUUCGUGUGUUUACUCUGCUAAUGACUGAGGUGACCCUCCUUACGUUGUCGAAGUCCUCCUCACCAAGUAAAAAGCCCGAAAACCUCCUAUCCCAGAAACGACAAAUGAGCGAAACGCAAUCGCCAUGUGGGGUAAUCGUGAGAGCAAGAAUGUCUCUCAAUGCUCGAGUGAACAAACUAGCAUGUGGUUGUGUGAAUGGGGGGCAAAAGAAAGCCGCAUCGCAAAGAAGGGGGGAAGUUAGGAAGGAAGAAAAGAAAGCAAUCCGUCUUUCCGCCGAGUUAAAACAACCUCCCCGUUCCACCUGUUCCCCCAUUCCGUUUCCCGUUCUCCAAAUAAAGGCCGUUAUCGCGUUCGGGGGUUUGGUAUCUUUGUGAUGUUGUAAGUUUGUUAUUGUUGCUUUGGUCGCACUCGGUAUCAAUCGUUUUGUUCGGAUGUUGCUCUUCUUCUUCUUCUUCUUCUUCUUCUUCAUCU